UCCUGAAGCCCCGCCCCCCCCACCGGAAGCUCCUCCUCCUCCAUCCGUGUGCAGGACCUGCAGGCUCUGCAUGCUGGGAGAACCGCACUGGACCGAACCGAACCUCUGGACAUCAUGAGUCUGGGCGGCACUGACCUCUCUGAGCUGCUGGUUCUGUGGGAGGAGCUUAACCAGACCUCCAACCAGUCUCAGGUGGAGCUGGUGGUGUGUUCGGGUGCCGUCGGACACGCCGCUCUCCUCCACGUUCUGUCAGUCUUCUACAUCUUCAUCUUCCUGGCUGGUCUGGCCUCCAACGUCCUGAUGAUCUGGGUGAGCCUGCGGCGCGGCGGCGCCCGGUCCGAGUCACGGCCGUACCUGCUGAACCUGGCGGCGGCGGACCUGUGCGUGGUUCUGACCCUGCCCUUCUGGGUGGCGUCUCUGCUGCAAUGCGGGCUCUGGCCGUUCGGGGCGGCGCUCUGUAAGGCGACCCAUCUGGUGUUCGGCGCCGGCCUGCUCAGCAGCAUCCUCUUCCUCGCCUGCCUCGGCGUGGACGCCUACCUGUCCGUCACGCUGCUCGCCGGCGCCCCCAGCGGCCGCAGCAGGAAGCUGAUGCGGCGGCUGAGCUGUGCGUUGCUCUGGCUCCUGGCGUUGGCGGCCUCCAUCCCUGAAGCCUACUUCCUGCAGGCGGUGCGGUCCCCCCACCGUGGCGGCGCCGUGUGUCGACCCGUCUUCCCGUCGGAGAACCCCAGGGACGGGAUGGUGGGGGUCCAGGUGAGCUUUCUGGUGCUGGGCUUCGUCGUCCCCGCCCCCAUUAUCACCGUCUCCUACCUCCUGCUGGCGGCGGGCCUCCCUCCGGGCUCGGAUCAGACGCGGCGCCUCAUCCGGUCCUACGUGGUGGCGUUGGCGGCGUGCUGGCUGCCGUUCCACACCGUCCUGCUGCUGGACACCCUGGCGCUGCUGGACGCGCUGUCCUUCAGCUGUCGGCUGGAGAGCUUCCUGUUGGCGGCGCUGCCGCUCACGCAGUGCUGCUCGCUGCUGCACUGCGUCCUCAACCCCGUCCUCUACUGCUUCCUGCACAGGAGCCGCCGCCAUGACCUCAUGGAAGCCUUCGUCUUCCAGUACUCUACCAGAACCGGCCGGUCCGAUCCGCUCUGCAGGACAGCGCUGGAGCAGAUCUAUGAACCCAGGUCGUUUUGGACCUUCUGGUUCUGAUGGCUGUGAUCCGGAACCAGGAGGUCCAGCGUCAGGAACACCAGAAACUGGAUGAAACUGGACUUCACUGAGAUGAAGAUGUUUCGCCGCCGAUCCGGGAGUCUGUGUCCGGCUGCCUCCAUUUUAAUUCUGUUGGUGGUUUCCACCAUCUGGACAUCUGAAGGUCAGAGAACCCGACAGAGAUCCAGAACAGACCUCAAGGUUCUGCAGAACCGGUCCAGGUCCGGUUUGUUUGGGUUCUGCUGUCCUUUAUCUGGUGACCAAUCCAUAUUUUAACCACUUUAGAUUCUGUUCACAUUUCAGCCUUUUUAACUUGAAAUGUCGGAUAUUUAAUGCAUGGAAGACCUUCCCUGAUUAGAGAACAUCAUUAAAUUCAUCAGAAUG